AUGUGCGUUCUCCGGCAUCCUGCGAUCGUCAGUAGACGAUGACCACUCGUUGGCGUCGCAUCGUUCCUCGAUCGUGCACCUGAAUCAUUCUUUAACUAGAAAUAGACAUGUGGAGUCGCGUUUGGAUUGUUUCGGUCCUGCUGGCCGUCGUGCCCUGGCGAGUCUCUUCGUUGAAUUCGGACACGGGCCCAUGGGUCCAAGCCACGAGGGGCGAACUUUGGCCUAUGCCAAAAACGCGUACGGUCAAAGAAGACUUCUAUUUAUUGCGACCGUCAAACUUUGACUUCCGUGUAAACGGUGAGGUGUGCGAUAUCGUGACCGAGGCGAUAGAACGGUACACGAGAAUUAUUUUGACGGAAGCUAGGAUAGCAAGGUUGGUCACGGAAGGGCAGCCAAGAACAUCCGUUCGAGACGACCCUCAUUUUAAAGGCACUCUUGAGGCCCUAAGCAUCCGUAUGUUGCAGCCUUGUGAACAGAACGGCGAACAUUGGCCACAUUUGUAUAUGAAUGAAUCUUAUCAGCUUGAGAUAAACGAGAAUUCAUCGGUCGCCAUCCUAUGGGCCGAAUCCGAGUGGGGAAUCCUUCGUGGUUUCGAGACUUUUUCGCAGAUAUUGGCACCGUCUGGCGACGGCCCGAGCUUGAAAGUAAAAUGUCAGUACAUUCAGGACGAGCCAAAACUGCCGCAUCGCGGUCUCCUGCUCGAUACCUCUCGCCAUUAUCUACCGCUAUCUGACAUACUGUUGACACUGGACGCUAUGUCGUACAACAAGCUAAAUGUCCUUCAUUGGCACAUUGUCGACGACAACAGCUUCCCGUAUCAGAGCACCAGGUAUCCCGACCUGUCCGCCAAAGGCGCUUACCAUCACUCGAUGAUCUACACGCCUAAUGACGUGCAGAAAGUCGUUAAUUACGCGAGAUUACGGGGGAUCCGAGUGAUGCCCGAGUUCGACACACCUGGACAUACUAGAUCGUGGGGUCAGGCCUACCCGGAGUUACUUACGACGUGCUACGAUUCUUCCGGAAAUCCGAAUGGUAAACUAGGCCCGAUGAACCCGACGAAUCCGAUGCUGUACGACUUCGUACGGAAUUUGUUCUCCGAGAUCGUGCAAGUAUUCCCGGAUCAAUAUCUCCACCUGGGUGGCGACGAAGUACCCUUCGAUUGCUGGGCCAGCAAUCCGAAAAUUGUCGAGUACAUGAAAGAGCACAAUAUGUCUACGAAAUACGAGCUGCUCGAGAACGAAUAUAUAGCCAAGAUACUCGCGAUCAGCAGUUCGCUGGACGCCAACACUAUUGUAUGGCAAGAGGUUUUCGAUAAUGGCGUAGUGUUGCCCGCGAGCACCGUAGUGCACGUUUGGAAGCUGCCAUUUUGGCAAAAGGCGCUAGAGCGAGCGACUAUAGCGGGUCAUCCAGUCUUACUGUCAUCCUGCUGGUAUCUGGACCACAUCGCCGGCGGUGGCGAUUGGCAAAAAUAUUACAAUUGCGACCCUUUCAAUUUUGCAAACGCAGCCAAUGUCACGCAUCUAAUGCUCGGCGGUGAGACCUGCAUGUGGGCAGAGUACGUCGACAAAAAUAACGUGCACCCGAGGAUCUGGCCACGUGCGAGCGCGGCAGCCGAACGUCUGUGGAGCUUCAACAAGCAGGAUAACAGUGUCGCCGCCCAACGCCUGGAAGAGCACGCUUGCCGUAUGAACAGACGCGGCAUUCCCGCCCAGCCGCCGAAUGGACCAGGGUUCUGCGUAACAUAGCCAAUUCCCUGUCAGUCGACACCAAUGCCCCGUUUAAUCUAGGCAAUAUUUGUUCUCGCAUAGCGAGCCCACAAGAAAUACGAGCCUUCGUUUCGCGCACUCAUUCAUCGCUAUUGCAUAAGCAUGCGUGUAUCACAAUAAAUACAGUUGGAGUAAUACGAGAACCUGUACUCUUUUUACGUGUUUAAUCGCGCGAAUCUGUCUCCCGCAACGACAGUUCGCAAUACAUACAAUGAUCGUGAAAAAUGCUAUAAAUAAAUAAGCUGAACAUUCUCCUUUUAAA